GAAUGGAACCGCUGAAGAGGCGUUUGGUUCCAAACAGGAAGAAACUGGGAAAACACGCAGUUUCUCCGCUAUCCUCUGACGCUGAAAACUACCAGCUCGGGGCGGAUGGUGUAAAAUACUUUUCCUCCCUGUCGGAAGCCUGUAGAUGGUCCCCGGUGAACUCUUUCUGGAUCCAGACCGCAGUCCGCGGCGCUGUUUGGAGGGGCUGACGCACCAGCAGGAGCGCAGGAAGGCGGGGGGCUGUCACGGCAGCGGGCUAAGCUAUGCUAGGCUAGGCGCUGCAGCCCCGAAGAAACCUUGAACUCGUGUAAACUUUGUGGAGUACAACACCGGAAGUAGCAUCACUCGAGUGGUUAAACGACCACCACGGAAUUUACGGAAGAGAUACAUACACGUAAAUGUGUAUUAUUUUCACUAUUUUUGCAAAAAAAAAAAAAAAAAAAGUGUUAGCCUGGCAGCGGAGUUAUCGCUAGUUAGCUGUUGAACACGUCCAGGCUCUGACAGCAGGGAUGUUAGCCGGAUAAAAACGCCUCAGUUUCCUUCAUCCACAUCCGCAGAAUGGACCUAAUUUGUGUUGUUAACCCGUUAAAAGCUGCUGGGCAGUAAUUAACAUCGUACAUGUUAAUUAGCACUGAGGUAUGAGCGGAUGAAGGCUGGUUUGUGACACGCAAAAGGGACUUUUUCUGUCUUUUUGUGGUGGUUUUUGUGAGAACUUCUCCUUUCCCUGAGUACGGUUAUCAUGGAGGUAGGGGAGCCUGGCAGCGGCAGCUCGGAGCGGUUACAUAACGCCAGCAGGCCGAGAGAGAAGCUGCUGAACGUUGCCUCCUCUUCAGCCUCCUCAGCCUGGCUCUGACAGCUGUAAACCCCCCUCCAGCACACACACACACACACACACGCUAACAGACAGACAGACGGACGCACAAACAAACACAGACUGACAGCAGGACAGCAGCAUGGAGGUGGUGUGAGGCAUCUGGCAGAUAGAAAACAGCAACGAGAAGGAUCGUUUUGCUGAAGAUGGAGUCCAACCCGCUGAUUAAUGCUAUGGACCCAUCCAUCACGCUGUGGCAGUUCCUGCUUCACCUGCUGGAGGACCAGCGGCAGCGUCACCUGAUUUCCUGGACAGGUGAGGAUGGAGAGUUCAAGCUGCUGGAUGCUGAGGAGGUGGCACGACUGUGGGGGCUCCGCAAAAACAAACACAACAUGAACUACGACAAACUGAGCCGGGCACUGAGAUACUACUACGACAAGAACAUCAUAAAGAAGGUGAGCGGCCAGAAGUUCGUCUAUAAGUUUGUGAGUCAGCCCGACCCCUCCCUCCCUGAUGGAGUACGCAGCACAGAGGAUGGCCAGAGGAGGGACAUCAGUGACUCAAACAACCAAUUAAAAGGCCUUGGGGGUGUGACGUCAACCUGUCCAACAAAGGGCUUGCCCCAGCGCUCAUCACCCAGCAGCUCCCAAAAGAGCUCCAGAAACGACUACAUGAAGUCCGGCCUCUACUCCACCUUCACCAUCCAAUCCCUGCAGGCCUCACCCAACCCACGGCCAGUCAAAUCAGAGCUCCUGCUGCAACAAGAUCCCAGCCCCAAAGUUGAUCGCACACCCAGAGAGGUGUGUGUGCUACCAGAGUCCAAAUCCUCUCCGUCAGUAGGGAGUGCUGUAGACUCUGCUCUCCAGGUGAUCGUCACUCAGACGUCUCCCUGUCCAACCCCGGCUCUCAGCCCACAGAUACCAGCCAACCCCACCAGCCAAUCGCAGAAUCCUCCUGCUGCUCCUCUGAGCGACCCUCCCCAGAUUUAUCUCACCAACAUGGGGGACCCGUCCUCCCUCACCUCCCUCAUCCCUCUCGGAUCAGUAGGGGGGGCGGUGAGCCCUGUUCCCCCUCCUCAUGUGUCAAUGGGCCCACAGGGCCCACAGCAGGAAGACUGUGGGGCAGUUACCAACCCCACCAGCUUUCCCUCUCACCACCCGCAGGCUGCUCCUCAUCCAGCUCACCCUGCUCCUGUCUUUGUUAUUAUCAACCCACCUCCCCCUCAGCAGCAGCAGCAGCAACAGGUGCCCAUGACAACUACUGCCCCUCCUCCCUCUGUCGCUCCUCUUCCCACUGCCCGUCCUCCUCCUCCUCCGCCCAUCGUUAUCAAGGAGGAGAACCUGCCUUCAGAGGCGGAGCUGCUGGAAAUGGUGACACUGGAGGGGAAACAGGUGGAGGAGGUUCCCCAGCUGAUCUGUGGCACCGGAGAGUCCGAGCCUCCCCUCACCAUUGUGGAGAGCCCACCUCCACCCUGCAUGGAGGCUGUGGUUGGAGUUCAGCAGCAAGCAGAGGAGGGGAGGGCAGAGGGGAAGGACAUGCUAACAGAUCCCGCCAUCGCCCCGGUGACGUCCUCCUCAGCGGUGACCUCUCCAACAGCUUCAUCCUCAGACGCCGUUCCUCCCAAACCAAAGAAGCCGCGGGGCCUGGAGCUACCCUCCUCUCCCUCCCUGCCCCCCGGCCUCUCCCUGGAUAAGGUGAAUGCAGCCGUUAACAGUUUAUUGGCUCCCGGAUCUGCGACCAACACGCUCACCCCGACCGUCAUCACCUCCCACGCUCUGACUCCGGUCCUGUUGACUCCCAGCCCUCUUCCCUCCACCAUCCACUUCUGGAGCACGCUCAGCCCCAUCGCUCCUCGAUCGCCAGCUAAACUCUCCUUCCAGUUUCCCUCUAACGGCAGUAAUCAAAUCCACAUCCCGGCUCUGAGCGUCGACGGCCUCUCCACCCCCGUGGUUCUCUCCCCCGGCCCCCAGAAGCCCUGAGCUCCCCGCCCGCCUCACGCAGCUCCUCGCUGGGCACAACCACGCCUGACGAUCCCCUUGGGCUCGUCGGAGGAAAAGCUCGAUCUGGACUGACUCUGAAAUGCAUCACUAAAAACCUGAAACCAUGAGAAGUUUAGGCCGCAUCGCCUGACUGCUUACUGGUAGGUGUGAUGGUUUGUGUGGACCAGAGGAUCAGUCAGACAGGACUCACACUUUGGUGAAUGUCGGCGCCUCCACCGAUUCUCACACUUUAACAGGUGGGAAUCGGUGCUUUGUCCUCCUCACACCUGCCCGUCAUUUCUUUCAUAGUUUUGUACUCAAACACUAUGACAGCAGACUCCAAACAAGACGCUUCUCUGGACUUGAACUCGUCACGAGAAGCCGGCGUUUGGACGGAAACUACACCUAAAGAGAGGCCGCGAUAAGACAGAGGGAUGUUUUUUUUUUUUCUACUGGUGUUUUUUUGAAACCUGUCGUUUCAUUUCUUUCUAUAAUGUGAGGUCUUUACCUUACAGUGUAAAAGUGCCCUGACGUGACUGUUGUGAUUUGGCACCGUUUUAAAAAAAAACUGAACUAACAGAUUAACUUUGAAGAUGGUUUUUGUAAACUGACAGUGACACAGCGUCCGUUUUCAAACGGUUUGUAACUGAGGGAGAAAAGCUGGAGUCGGAUCUCAUUUGAGUUUUAAUGUUUUCUCUGAGUCACUAACUGAUGGAGGAGUGGAGGGGGGGGCGAGACUCAGACAGGAGAGACGUUUUUCAGUUAUAUGAGUCUCGCGAACGUUCACGGGGAAGUCUGAAAAAGGAUCCGCCGUCCUCCAUAAUCGCAGAUCUUUCUGGUGGGAUCUUUUCAGGGCUUUUUGCUCAUUGUUAUUCUUUUUUUUUUUUUUUUUAAUUAAGAGGUUAUUUAUUUCUCUCUUUUUUUUCGAUGCACCUUUUUUCUGCAGAUUCUUUAAAGUUUGACUGUUUGACAGUCGUUUUUUUUUUUUUUUUUGAUGAAGCUCCCAGGUGACCCUUUUCCAGUUGGAAUUUAAUUUCAGCACCAACAGUGACAUUUUAUAAACUCACCUCUGCUGGAUUUCUUCAUAAACGACUUUCAGAGCCAUUUAAGGGUUUUUGCUUUGCUCUUAUUGGCCGCUUUUAAAGGCCACGCCUUUCUCCACUUAUGCAUGGCCUGUUUUUCGGACUGAACUCCUCAGCAGCAGUUUGAACUGACCAAUCACAGAGGAUGAAGAUGACGGUGGACCUGAGGUUUUUCACAGCCAAGUUCUUUCUCUAUAGAAGUCUCUAAAUGUGACAGAUUGUAUAUUUUCUCAGAGUUUAAUGUCCAAACUGAACUGACGUGUCUGUCAGCCUCGAUCUAAAGGUUUUUACUGAGGACAGAGUCACAUUCCUUUGGCUUUAAAAUACCGAUAGGUGAGUCUGCGCUACUGAUUUAACCGCUGGUUUUCAUUUUAAUCUCAGCAAUCAUUCCAGAGCUGCAGCGGAUUUUAUUUGAGCAGCUCUCAUAAACAAAUGUUUGGUUCCUGAAAGUUUCUGAGUUAUAAAUCUGCAGUGAUGUUGCCACAAGUUGCAAGAGUCACAUUUAUCAUUCUCAGACACUAACUCAAGUGGAAAUGUGAUGUUUACAAGACAGCUUUUAAUAUUUUGAAAGCUUUUUCCGUGGAAAACGCCCAACAUGAUGACACUCGGUCAUACAGGUGCUCAUAAAUGAAACAUUUCAUCUCCUUUGAGCAAUUUGUGUUCAAUAAAUAAUCAGAACAGGGUGAGUCCAAGUUUACAUCCUUGUUUACAUCAAUCCAAAACUUCAAAAUAAUAAAAUUAGAGCCACGUAAGAAAAGCAUCAAUUGGUUUCUUGUGUGAACAUCGAACAAGAAAAUGUUCUGUAUUUUUCUUUUAUGACUUAAACAAGUAUUUGAUGGGAACUCAGGAGGAAAUCAGGGGACAUUCACUGAUGGCAGGGCCUGAUUAGCUGUUGUAUACCUUCCAGGGUCAUUAUAGUUAACUAAGUCUAGGUGUGGAAAAAAAGUUCAGUUAACUAAAAUUGUAAAAACUAACCUUGAGGAAAAUAAACUCAAAUAAAAUACAAAUGUACAGGAAAUAUCUGGUUUUAGUCUCUGUCAGUUUGGUCACAUUUGCUAUCUCAACCAGCCUGAUGAGGCUUUGGUGCAUCUGUUUACCCAGUGAGUUUAAAAUCCUUCUCCUUAAACAAGGUCAUGAAUAAUCAGACCCCAUCAGAGCUUAAAGACCUCAUAUCACCCCAACAGAACACUUCUCUCUCAGCCUGCUGGCUUA